UGACACAUCAAAUCCUUCGCAUUCUCUCUGAGGUAAUUUACCCCUUUACCAUGGUGUGCACAUCUUCGGUCGUUAACCAUGACGGAGCCUGAAGAAGAGAGCGUCCGGUUACACUUUUCGUGUCUAAAUAUAGGGGAAACUGCGGUGACGCAAAAUGGCUAAACUGGGGUCCUCUGUAUGACAACGGGAACAAGACUCGGGUCCAUGGAAACGUUCUCUACAACUUUACUGUUAUUGAUGACAACGUUUAUUUUUAGUGUGUGCUAUCAUCCUUCCGUAACUCUCCGGGCUCUAGCUUUAGGUAUAAAGGACAGGCUUUCAAAAUGCAGUUGUACAGCAGUGUGUUGACACACUACCCUGGAUCCUCUCGAAAAGUUUCGAAAACGAUCACAAGUGGUACUAACGAUUUGACCACGACUGCAACGAACUCCUCUGCAACAGAUAAACAGGAAUUGAUUGGUGAGCGAACGUCGACCAACGGACAUCCAGAAGGAGAAACUAAGUCUGUUGCCAAUAUGUCUGCUUUUUCAUGUUAUGAAGCUGCUUCAAUGAAGCCAGUUUACUUCACAUCACAUGCAGAAAUAAUCAUUCGGCGGCCCGAUGGAGUGGAGAGGUCUGUUCCUAUUCAUAUUGUAAAAGAGUCCAGACGCAAACGGUCAUCUCCAGACACCUUUGAUGUGAGUCCGGGGCGUGAUGUAAAUAAGUUGGACAGGUCUACUGAACUUGCUGUGGACUUAAUUGGUCACUUGAACAGAAGAGAGGAGCAAUUUUUUGAAUUUCCAGGGUUGAUCGAAACCUCACUGAUCGAUUGCGGAAACGAGGAGCCGAGAUACAGAAAAUGUGAAGAAAGAAUGGGACGGCUUAUUGCGAAUGAUUUCGUCGUGAAAAGUGACAUUUUCAAUGCUGAAAACAAGCAUAGCAAGGUCAUGGCAACGGAGGCAGGACAAGAUAUCAUAGAUAAGCAAGGUGAUGUGAUCUGGGAUCUGGACUCUCCAUCAGCUGAGCACGUCUUUGAACUACGUGUCUCACGCGAGCCAUCUCCCCAGAAACAGCCAGAUGACAUUGACGAAAAAGUGACAAGGUACUUGGCUGAAGUAGAAAAACAGAACAAAUACCUCCAGGAGAAGCAUAAGUACAGAUUUCAGAUCAUCCCAGAUGGCAACUGCCUGUACAGGGCUGUGUGUAAAGCAGCUUAUGGAGAUCAAUCGAUGCAUAAGGACUUGAGAGAACAAACAAUGCACCAUAUAGCCGACCACCUGGAUGAGUUUAACCCCAUUAUUGAGGGUGAUGUGGGAGAAUUCCUCAUUAAAUCGGCACAGGAGGGAACAUGGGCUGGUUAUCCGGAGCUUUUGGCAAUGAGUCAGAUGCUUAACGUGAACAUCCACCUGACGACUGGAGGUAGCUUGGAGAGCCCAACAGUGUCGACCAUGGUGCAUCAUCUCGGUGAAGAAGAUGCCUCUAAACCUGCGAUAUGGUUGAGUUGGCUCAGUAACGGCCACUACGACGUUCUUCUAGACAGAUGUCUUCCCAACCCAGAAUAUGAAGACUGGUUCCGCCACUCACAAAUACAAAGAAAACGGGACGAAGAGCUUGCAAAGUCAAUGGCUGCCUCACUGUCUAAAAUGUACAUUGAGCAGAAUGGACCCAUGUAAACUACAUGUGACAUGUAUUCUGCUGUAGGCCUGAGGCUAUAGGCCCUUUAUCAGGCACGUACCGGUUGCACUUUGAUUCCGCGUGACUCCAACAUUGCCUUAACUUAUUUUUUGUAAUGUGUUUUUAGACAAAUUUGACAGAAGUGCAGAGCACACCUUGAUAUUUUGCUAAUGGUCUAGACCAGACCAGAUGGCUUUUAGAGCCUGCGUUUUCAUAUUGUAGCCUACUUUUCUUUUAAUUUGGGGUGAUUAUUAUUAAUGUUCAUGAGCUCUACGCACUUAUUUAUUUGUAUCACAGAUAAUUAAUACUAUUUUCUAUUAGUUGUAGGCCUAUUUCUAUGAUUUUAGGCAUGUUUUAAGUGCUUGAUGCACAAAUGACUAAAUAGUUUUGAAAUAAACAUUUGACAUUGCA